UUAAAAAGAGUGGUUUACCCAAUUACCUCACCAGUGCAACAUCAAACCUAGGGCUAGGAGCAUUGGAUAUCUUAGAGUCAGAGGAAAGGUGCUUGAAUUUGUCUAGCCUGGUAAGUGUUCAUGCCUGCGUCGUUGUCCUUGCAAGCAGGCAUCCUAGAGCCAGAUUUGAGGGAGGAAGAGAGAGUAGGCCAAACUUUUCAAUUUGUCCAGAACAAGAGCAUGUACAACUCGGCGGACCGCAUCAGUGAGUUGCCACUUGAAAUUUUGGCUAGUAUAUUGUCUCUCUUGCCGCUAAAGGAAGCAGUGCACUACAAGAAAAAAGGCUUGUGAAGCAAAGAUGAUGUCCUCGAGUCAACAAAAAAGAUUGACGAACUUGAAUUGCAGCUCCAGGAAGCUGAGGAUAUAGUGAAAGACCUUAGGGAAGAGUUGAGUGAAGCGCAGACUCAACUGGAGAAGGCGACAAAGAAUCAACCACAGCCUCUGGCAGGGGAAAGUUUAGACAGUGAUACCGCUGCUCCAGGGUUAAUGAUAUCUCAACUGAGUUCGCAGAUAGAUGCGGUUGCAACUUAGGAAAAGAAUUCAAUUUCGAGUGGGACAUAUGAGGGGAGCCGGUGCUACAGUGCAAAUGAUGCUCUUAAGGAUCGGUACUAUGUUCCUAAUCCCCAUUUUGCCUCUUUAGUCAUGAGAAGUAAAGAGCCUGAGUUGUACAGAAAUGGAUGCACUCAGAGAAUUCGUGCAUUUGAAAGAAACCUAUUGGAUGAAAAUUUGUCUCUUUCUGUACUAGUUGAUGAUGCAAAGAAUGCAACAUUCAUCAGAGGAGAUGAUGAAGGUAAAGGGAUGUGUAACACGCCUAAACCAAAGGUUGGCAAUACGCAUGGGCUAGAGAAGAACCAAGAACAACCGAAAGUGAUGCAGCUAGAUGGUAGCCAUAUUCAAGCACCUGCCUUUAAGUCCUUUCAAAAUAAGAGGAAAAGAGCUGCUAGAUAUAGGAGGAGCAAAGCUCCCUCAUGCAGGUAUCUUCCUCAUCAGUUCAACGAAAUGCGCCAAGAUCUAUACUGCUCCAUUACUUCUGCUUCUUCAGUCAAUAACAAUGUUCUCACAGAUAUGCUUCCAAGAAAUCUGAAGAUGAAAUUCGAAAAGUCACAGAGUCCGUUAUGACCCCAAAAUUACUCUCAGAUACAACUGAAAUGAGUACACGGUCAGGAUGUUCUAAUGUAACUGACAAUGAUGCAGGGUUUGUUAGACCUUGUAGUGUUCAGAAGGCAAUGGACAAUGAUAAGAUGAUCAUUGAAGAAUCAGAAUUGACUAGACAGGAAUGUUUAUCUGCAGAAAAAUUGGAGAUUCUGGCUUGCAAAACAGAUGUUGAGAAAGAUAAUAGACCAUUAAAUAAGUCGGAUAUGAGAGCAUCUGAUUUAGAUGGUGGCACUGCUAGUCAACUUGCGGACAAUAAGUUUCUUAUAUAUACAUUCUGCAGAAAGCGCAAGAAGGAGGCAUUGAGCAGGCCUGAAAGGUUGUCCCUUCUUGACAAUGACACUUUGGAAAGAAAGACGGGAGGAACAAAAUGCUUCUCUAGAGCCCCAGAAGUCAAGCUUAUUGACCGAAUCAACUUGGGAAAGUCGACGAUUAGCACAGGUUGCUCGUCAGCUUAUAUCUUUGUCAGAGAAGAAGUGGUGGAAAUAGAGAUCUGGAUGGACUUUGCUUAGGAAUGGCAAGGACAUUGAAGUUGAAUUAUAAAGAAAAUCAGAUACACUGCCUCUGCUAUAAAGAUUCCAAGCACGGCUUUGGGUCCGGAAAAAUUGAUAGUUCCAUUGUUGAGGAAGAAGUGUAGAUCCCUCUGAGUUAGUAACAUAUGGGGAUUAUGAUGUUAUUUAAUGCAUGAAUUGAAGUUGAGCAUUGUUAUAUUUCUAGUCUCUUUGCAUUCUUAUGAGUUUUGUAUAACCAUAAGAGAGUGUGGCAUUGUUGCCCAUAUUGUAUUGCAGCAUACUAGUAAAUGAUUAAAAGCAAAUUUCUAUUGGAAAUGUUCCUUUGUAUCUUUA